AUGCCUCUUUACAUCACUACUGAUGAUACGGACACUGGAUUCGAUCAUGGGUUCGCUGGUGCUGCGGGUGACCACAUGCCAGGUCUCGAGACAUCAGGGACAAAUAUGUGGCAUACUGUCCAUGCUGCUCGUGAUUACUUGAUCUCGGAAUUGUCGCUCGAUAUUAGGUCUGUUGUUUACUUGGGUUUUGGGCCGUUCUUCGUUAUCACUCUAGAUUCGUCUGCAGAGAGGAAUCAUCUCCCCAUGAGACUUGGCAAGGCCUGGUGCGAGUACAGAUUACACACUGAGUCAGAGCCAAACCAAGGAGAAUGUGCUCACCAGCUUGUCGACCUGAAACCUGGAGAUGUCGAUGAUUCCGAAUACACUCCCCACCUUCGUCCAGGAAUCAUGCUAUGCUGUGGUGGAGCACCUGAUGAUAGACGGACAACAUCUGGUGUUGCAAUACGCAAAAAGGAGGAUCAUUCGCAAAGGUUUGUCACUGUCGCAUCUCAUGGCUUCCCUAUCGGCCAAGAAACGGUCUACCACCCAGUGGCAGAUAGGGCAAUCGGAGAGGUUUCAUACCGUCUGGGAGACACUGAUGUGGCGAUGGCGUCAAUCAAACCCGGCCUCACUUAUGUGAACGAGACUUUUGAGAGCCCUGACAGAGACGCCCAGCGAAUUACAAUGUUAAGCGGCAGUGUGACGGCGACCGAAUUUUCAUCAACUCCCCAUUUAGUGGAACAAUGUGCGGUGUAUUCCUUGGUGUUGAGACUUCGCGUUUUGAAGGCUCAAGCGAUCCUCUAA